GAAACCCCGUUACAGCACGUGCUCGUAAAAAAUAGUAAAUAAAGUUGUGAAGUUCGGUGCCCCGUGCCCCUGGUACUCACAAAAAGAAAAACCUGCCAAACAAUCGCCAAAUGUCAUCGUCGAAUCUGCUUCGUAUUGUCAGGAAUCGAAAAUCCUGCUGCAACCUUCCGUGCGGUACCUUCACAAUCGGCCCGAAAUACCGACGACACGCCGCCGAUUUAUUUGGUCCGAGGACGAAUAAAGUCCCGUUAAAAUCGGCGAGUCGGGCUGCAUCGACAUCGCACGCAUUCGCCGCCGCGCGGUCCCGCCUCCUGAGCCCGUUUCCGAGCAUUGUGUCAGUGGGGUAUCGGCGGCACCGUUACGAUUCUUCCACCGUCGUCACAAAUUAUUACAGAAAUUUCUCCAGUGCAGUUAAAGCAAACAUUAAAAUGCCAAGAGCGACGAAGCCUUUCCAGAGGCUCCCGAAAAACGUGAAGCCCCAACAUUACGCGUUAAAUUUGGUGCCAGAUUUGAAAAGUUUAACUUUUAAGGGUGACGUUUCUGUGAAAAUUGAGGUACUUGAAUCAACGGACGAAAUCAUCCUAAAUGCCUUAGAACUGAACAUAGAAAGUGUCCAAGUAAAAGGUGAUAAGAUUUUCAUACCCAAGGAAAUUCAGGUCAUUCAGUCAGAUGAAACUGUUCAUUUUAAGUUUGACACCCACAUUGCUCCCGGUGUUUAUACUUUAGAUGUCGUAUUUAAUGGAGAAAUAAACAACAAAAUGAGAGGCCUCUAUAGAAGCAAGUAUAUUAACGAAAAAGGUGAAGAGUGUUACGCAGCAGUAACACAAUUCGAAUCGACAGAUGCCCGAAGGUGUUUCCCAUGUUGGGACGAACCGGCGGUAAAAGCGACUUUCGACAUUACUUUGGUGGUGCCAAAAGACCGUGUGGCCCUCUCCAACAUGCCUGUGAAGAGUCAGGAACCUGAUGGUGAAGAUGUGGUGAAAUACACGUUCGAGACAACCCCAAUUAUGUCCACUUAUCUGGUCGCGGCUGUUAUUGGGGAGUAUGAUUAUGUCGAAGGGAAAUCCAGCGAUGGUGUACUGGUUAGAGUGUAUACCCCUAAAGGGAAAAAAGACCAGGGCCUUUUCGCACUCGACGUCGCCACAAAAGUCCUCCCAUAUUACAAGGAGUAUUUUAAUAUAGCUUAUCCGUUGCCCAAGAUCGAUCUUAUCGCUAUAGCGGAUUUUAUGGCCGGCGCGAUGGAGAACUGGGGCCUGGUCACCUAUCGUGAAACUGCUCUCCUCGUCGAUCCCCAAAACACUUCGGCAGUGAGUAAACAGUGGAUAGCGUUGGUAGUGGGCCACGAACUCGCUCACCAAUGGUUCGGAAAUCUCGUUACUAUGGAAUGGUGGACCCAUUUGUGGUUAAACGAGGGUUAUGCUUCUUUCGUCGAGUUUCUUUGUGUGAACUAUCUGUUUCCAGAGUACGACAUCUGGACCCAAUUUGUUAACGAUUCAUAUAUCAAAGCUCUCGAAUUAGAUAGUUUAAAUAAUUCUCAUCCAAUAGAAGUGCCUGUGGGGAACCCCUCGGAGAUAGAUGAGAUCUUCGAUGAUAUCAGCUAUAAUAAAGGAGCGAGCGUUAUUCGGAUGUUACACCACUACAUCGGGGAUGAAGACUUUAGAAAAGGGAUGCAUAACUACCUAACAAAACAUCAGUAUAAGAACACUUUCACAGAAGACUUAUGGGAAGCCCUUGAGGAUGCCAGCAAAAAGCCUGUGGGUGAAGUUAUGUCCACUUGGACCAAGCAAAUGGGUUUCCCGUUAGUGUCUGUUACCAGUAAACGAGCCACUGAUGGAAAAGGAGUACAUUUAACUUUAACCCAGAGCAAGUUUACCGCGGACGGUUCUCCCGCACCCGAAACAUACAAAUGGAUGAUCCCUAUAUCGAUUUCUACCUCAAAAAAUCCCAGCAAAGAAGUAAUUUCUACAGUAUUAAAGGAGAAACAAACUGAAAUAUUUGUACCUGAUGUAACAGAGACUGAUUGGAUUAAGGUAAAUCCUGGUACAAUUGGUUUCUAUCGUACAAAAUAUCCUCCAGAGAUGCUGGAGAAGUUCGUGCCAGCUAUCAAAGACAAGAGCUUACCCCCUCUAGAUAGGUUAGGGCUUGUAGAUGACCUCUUUGCCAUGGUGAAAGCGGGUCACACAAACACGGUGGAAGUGCUGAAAUUUCUUCGUGCGUUCGAAGACGAAACCGAUUAUAAUGUGUGGUCGUCCAUAAGCAACAUCUUAAGCAAGUUAUCUCAGCUUUUGGGUUGUUUGGGUCCUAUUAAGGAGGGAUACGAUAAGUAUCAAAAACAACUGCUAAGUAAGGUGAAUAAACGAUUGGGCUGGAACAGUAAUAAAGGAGAAACGCACUUGGACACCCUCCUCAGGAGCUUGGUUUUAGGUAGGAUGGCGCUGCUUAACGACGAUAAGACGAUUGAAGAAGCUAGGGCGAGGUUAGAGAAACAUAUUGAUGGAACUGAGGUUUUGUCCGCCGAUCUUAGAAGUGCUUGCUACAAAACUGUUCUACGUGCUGGUGGACAAAAGGAAUUUGAAACUUUACUAAAACUUUACAGGACUACAGAUUUACAUGAAGAAAAAGACAGAAUCAGUAGGUCUAUGGGAGCCGCUAGCGAGUUGGAAACUUUAAAAAAGGUUCUGGAUUUUGCUAUGUCGGAUGAAGUGAGAUCCCAAGAUAAAGCGUUUGUGAUAAUAGCGACAUCCCUGCAUUCAAUAGGGCGUGAACUCUCUUGGGAAUUCUUUAAAGAUAACUGGACGACUAUGCAUGAGCAGUUUAAGGGUAGCCUAAUGACCAGACUGGUCAAAUAUCUGACAGAAAACUUCACUUGUGAAGAAAAGGCGAAGGAAGUGGAGGCAUUCUUCCAGGAACAUUCUGUACCAGGAUCUGAAAGGACUGUCCAACAAUCUGUAGAAUCCAUAAGACUAAACGCCAAAUGGUUAUCCAGGGACGAAAUUGCCAUACAAAAGUACCUUAGUUCAUUUUAAAUUGGAUUUUUUUACAAAUGUGGUCAUAAUUAAUGCUAUACCAAAAAGUCAUUAUCGAAAGUUCAAUUAUGUGUUAAGCAAUUUAUGAGCAUUUUUUAUUUAUUUUGAAAAUGCACCGCUUCUUUUAAACAAUUAUUGUACAAUUAUUUGGUAUUGUAUGGAAAGUGUGCAUUUUUAUGGGUACUUAAAACGGGACCCGUACUUAUUUUUUGUUAUUUUUUUCUUACAUGCCAGUUAUUUGUACCUAUUCUUAAUUUAUAAAUUUAAUUUGUUAGCUAGAUUGUUCUAAUAUAAAAAAAGGAAACAAAUACAAGUUGAAGUACAAA